AUGGAUCAAUACACUAAAUUUCUAGCUGAGAAUGUCCUUUCUGAGGACAAAGUGAUCACAUAUCGGAUUUUGAGCCGAACACUAAAAGUUCAUGUCAACACCGCGAAACAAAUGCUUUACGAGUUCCACCGAAGCCAGAAUGCAAAGCGUCCGGGGACUGUUCAUGCCACAUACUUGGUAUAUGGGACCAAGAAAGUCCUCGGUGUGCCGUCGACUCAUCAAAAUGGUUCGGAUGGAGAUAUUGAGAUGUCCAGCUCCGCCCCUGAGGUUGAGUCACUUGCCGAAGUGGUGCCUACCUCCACACUCUCACUUGUCCCUGAAGAGCAAUUGAAGCAAAUUCUCGAAGAGUAUGAAGAGGUCACCUCGAUUCACCUAUACAGCCUGGGACCGCACCCCACCAAGGACUUUGCUCUACUUGUGGAUGCAACCAACCAAAUCCCCACUGUCAAUGCCAACCAUGAUGAGAAUGUCGCUCCCAUCAUCAACGCUAAAGUACGCCGGAGGGACCGGAAAGGGGCAGGCCUGAAAGCUGCCUCUGCGGCCAUAGUGGCAGCUACAUCGGCCAAACCUUCUGCAGUUCACUCUGCUUUCGGGAAAACAGCGCAUGGCUCGGUUACCGCUAAAGUCAAAGAGGAAGAGCCGACGCCCACUUCGUCUGCUUCUGAUCCGGUCAAGAAGCCAGCGCCGACCCUGAAGCGCGGCGCCAGCUCUGGUAUCAUGCAGGCUUUCUCUAAAGCGGCCGCGAAACCCACCAAGGUUAAAAAAGAGGAGGAGCCAAAGCCAACCGCACAGCCCAUGUCAGACGAUGGGGAAGAUGACGAUGAAAUGCCGCAGCCGAAACCGCGUGCCGGUUCAGGUUUCAGGACGAAAAAGCAGAGAGAAGAAGAUCUCCGGCGGAUGAUGGAAGAAGAUGACGAGCCAGACGAGGAACCAUCCGAGAAGGCUGAGUCGCCCGAGCCCGAAGACGAGCCGAUGGAAGAGGAACCCCCCGCUCCGCCACCUACGGAGAAGGAAGAGCCAGAGGUGGUGACUGCCUCUGUUGAUGGCCGGCGACGGGGCAAGCGGCGGGUCAUGCGCAAGAAGCAGAUCAUGGAUGACCAGGGCUAUCUUGCCAAGGAGAGCGAUCAGCAGCCAUUGAAAGGUAAACCCGACAAUGCAGCAUGUCCAGAGUAUGGCAGCUACGCAACCUUCCCUCACCCGCCACUCACCGACGGGCCUUUAAAGCUCCCGUUUCAGCGGCCAAACCCUCGCUGCCGGACCUUUCAGUCCGAUGCCAUUGAGAAGGUCAUCAAAGACGUGACCUCGCGUAUGAAGGACCCAGCCCUUGCCCGGCUCUUUGAGAACACAUUUCCGUCCACCACCGACACGACGGUGCGAUUCCACACAAACGGCAAGAACGAAAAGAUCAAGCAGAAACUCCGCAGCCGCAAGGAGAAGCAGCCGUGGCUUGACGAUGGCGAGUGGGCCGGUCCCCAGUCCUUCGUCAUCACGGGUGAUAUCUUGGCCGAGUGGCUACGCGACAGCACAAACCAAUUGAAGCCAUACCAAGCUCUAGCCACCAAGGACCCCGCCAUCUUCAACCUGAUCCUAGGGGCCAUCAACACCCAGAGCGAGUACGUGAUCCAAUCACCUUACUGUAACGCCUUCCAACCGCCGCCUAUCUCCGGGCUACCAAUCAGCUACAACGGACAGGAUGACGCGGUACACCCAGCCUACGAGCCCAGCACCGUGUUUGAGUGCAAGUACGAACUGGAUUCUCUAGCCCACUUCCUAGCAUUGGCCAAUGAUUUCCACCAACACACGGGCGGCAGUCGCGCGUUCCUCAACGGCCGCUGGUAUAAAGCGGUCAAGACGCUCAUAUCGGUCCUUGAGACGCAGAGUCGGAGCACAUUCGACUCAGAGCAUGGCGGGUACCAGCAGAACGCCUAUACCUUCCAGCGCCGUACCAACACGGGCACCGAAACACUCAAUUUGAACGGAGUCGGCAACCCGCUCAACAACGGCACAGGCCUUGUACGGUCUGCGUUCCGCCCCAGCGAUGAUGCGACCAUAUUUGGGUUCUUCAUUCCCGCCAACGCCCAGAUGGCCGUCGAGCUGCGACGAACGGUAGCCAUGCUCCGCUCUGACUCCAAAGAUACCGCUACCAGCCCAGAGCAAAAGAAACUUAACAAGGAACUAGCACAAACCCUCGAAGACUACGCCACUCGCAUCACCCGGGGCAUCCGUGAGCACGGUAUUGUGCCGCACCGGCAGUACGGCGAGGUGUACGCAUACGAAGUCGAUGGUUACGGCAGCGCGCUACUAAUGGAUGACGCCAAUUACCCAAGCCUACUAGCAUUGCCUCGAAUGGGCUUUGUGGGCGCAGACGACCCGGUAUACCGCAACACGCGGCGGAUGUUGCUGGAGAAAACGGGGAAUCCGUAUUUUUUGACGGGGAAGGAGUUCCGGGGGAUCGGAGGUCCGCACAUCGGCCUGCAGAACGCCUGGCCCAUGAGCCUGCUUAUCCAAGCCCAAACGUCGGACAAUGAUGAGGAGAUCAUGGGCUGCUUGCAGCUGGUGCUCAGCUCAAGUAAGCUGGGGCUGAUCCACGAGAGCGUCAACGUCAACCAUGCAGGGUCUUAUACACGAAGCUGGUUUGCCUGGGCAAAUGGGGUGUUUGCCGAGACCAUUUUGGAUCUGGCAAAACGGAAGCCGCAUCUUAUUUUCAAGGAAGCGAAGCCUUACAUUUUGUAG